AUGUCUGUUAUCCUUUCAUAUGGUGAUGUUCAAGUCACAGAUGAGGAUCUAGCCACUCUCUUGCCGUCAGAGUGGAUUGGUGAUGGUAUCAUUCAGUUUUACUAUGAGUUUUUAGAACACACUGUCUGCAAAUCUCGUGAAAUUCUGUUGAUUCAACCAGCUGUUGCUCAUCUGAUUGCAUGUUCUGUGGAUAAAACAUAUAUAAAAGCAGCACUUCCACCCAAUAUCAAUUCAAAAUCCACUAUAUUUAUUCCAAUCAAUGACAGCAACGGAAGUCAGAAUAGUGGAUGCCAUUGGUCGUUGAUGUGCUACUAUCGACCUACCAAUUCGUAUUACUACUAUGACUCCAUGGGUAAUGCCAAUAUUCGAUCAGCAAAACAAACCAUGAAUUCGAUCUGUGGAUUGAUAGGAUCAUCUUCACCUGCUUUUAUUGCCAUCAACACACCAAUGCAAGUAAAUGGAUACGAUUGUGGAGUGUAUGUGAUGGCUAUUACAGAGUUAUUAUGCAAUCGAAUGGCUUCAAAACAUUCACAUGUUACUGAUGAGCCUGAAAGUUUGUCGUUCUGGCAGAUAACCCAUUGCAUUCCACCACAUUUUAUUUCAGAAAAGCGCAACACAAUUCGAAAUCUUAUUAUACAUUUGGCUGGCAGUAAACCUCAAAAUCAACAAUAA